AUGACGAUCAUAUUAUUCCUUGUUGACACGAGUGCGUCUAUGAAUCAACGCACAUAUUUGGGAACCGCUUUUAUCGAUGUCGCAAAGGCAGCUGUUGAGACGUUUAUGAAGAUAAGAUCCCGCGAUCCUAAUAGUCGAUGGGACCGAUACAUGUUGCUGACUUAUGAAGAUCCGCCAUUGAACGUCAAGGCAGGAUGGAAAGAAAGUCAUGCUACAUUCGUCAGUGAAUUACGUCAUUUAAAAGCUGGUGGACUCUCUACAUUAGGUUCAUCAUUGAAACAUGCCUUUGAUUUGUUGAAUAUCAAUCGUAUGCAGACUGGUAUUGACACUUAUGGACAGGGAAGAUGUCCAUUCUAUCUCGAACCUGCUGUGAUAAUAGUUAUAACAGAUAACAGUCCUUUAACUAGUACCAGUUCUGUACAACCACAGUUAAAUUUACCAAUGGAUUCCACUGUACCAGGCUCUGAGUUAACUAAAGAACCAUUUCGUUGGGAUCAAAGAAUAUUUAGUAUAGUUCUGCGAAUGUCAGGAUCUAUUCCGUCCGAUAUUGGUUCCUUCCCUUUUAUCCCGUCUGCCGAAACUCAUCCUAUUGAUGUCAUGUGUGAUGUCACUGGAGGUCGUUCCUAUGCAAUAUUUAAUCAAAAAAUGUUGAAUUCCUCAUUAGAAUCUCUAGUACAGAAAGUACAGACUGGUGUUGUUAUUAAUUUUGAGAAGUUUGGACCUGACCCACCUUCUAUUAAUGAUCGAAAUGAUUCUGAUGCUAAUGGCAAUCUCAAAGCACCCUGGCAUACUUGCCGUAAAUUAAUCUAUGUACCAAGAUCGGCACAGAAAGGUUAUUCUGUAGGUCACUGGCCUAUCCCAGAAGCAUUUUGGCCUGAUGCCACAAAUCCAAAUUUGCCACCAAGAACAGCUCAUCCCAACGUGAGGUUUUCUUGUACAUUAAGUGAUCCCAUGGUAAUAGAUAAUUUACCCUUUGAUAAAUAUGAGUUAGAACCCUCCCCUUUAACACAAUAUAUACUAGAGAGAAGACAACCCAAUACCUGCUGGCAGGUACAUGUGAGUAAUAGUGCUAAAUUUAAUGAUUUAUAUCAUCCAUUUGGUUAUAUUAAAGCUAGUAGUGCUCUAACAACAGUAAAUUUAUUUGUUAUGCCUUAUAAUUACCCUAUAUUACUCCCUUUAUUAGAUGAUUUAUUUAAAAUCCAUAAGUUAAAACCAACACCAAAAUGGCGGCAACAAUUUGACAACUACCUCAAAACAAUGCCUGGUUAUUAUGCUGGGCCUUUAAGAAGAGCUCUGGCGAGAAUGGGGGCACCUAACUUAGUGCCUGAUCAGAUGGACAACUGUCUUUCCUACAGUGUUAUUACCUACCUCAAAAAAUUAAAAAAUCAAGCCAAAGUUGAAAUGGACAGACUCUUAGCUUCUGUUGGUCAGAAAAUUCCAGUUCAUGAAGGCAUUAAAGUUAGCUCAAGGACAAAGACAUCAUUUUUAAAGAGAAAAGAUUUCAAUGAAUUAGUAGAGAAUUUAGGAGCUGUACCAAGUAUAAAACAAGAGUUACAAGAUUAUAAUACAUUUACUAUUGGUGUACCUGUUAAAGAUAUACAACCACAAUAUUAUAGAAAUCCAUACGACAUUCCACGAAAAAAUUUAUUAGACCAAGUUAAAAGAAUGAGAACUAAUUUCUUACAGACAUCAUAUAAUAAUACUAAAUUAGUAGAUGAAGAUCAACAACAUAGUAUACCAGUACAACAGAUGGGUAAUUAUCAGGAAUAUUUACGUAAACAACCUCCACCAUUACGUGAAUUAGAGAACACUCCAGCUAGACUUCAUACAUUUGGUAAUCCAUUUAAAGUUAAAUCGAAUGAAAUGAAGAUAGAUGAAGCUGAUGAGGCAGCAGUAUUUGGUACCAGUAAUAAUAAUCAACCAAAAUUAAAACGAUCUGUAUCAGAAUCACCACCAUCAUCUCCUGGACCUAGAAAACGUAAACCAGAUGAUCGUCCAUUAGAAAUAGUGCUUGAUUCAUCUGAUGAUGAAGUGAACGAGCAAACAAAGACAAUGAAUAAAGUGAACUCUGUCAAUCAUGUGAUGGAUUAUGAUACAUCGAUUGUGAACAAUAUGAAACCCAAUGCUAAUAUUGAUAUGAACAAUAAGAAAGAGCUAGGAAUCUGGUUAUAUAACAAUAAAUUAAAAUAUGUUUGUUUUAAAGAAGUCAAAAAGCCAGGCAGACGUUAUGAACAGUUAUUUUCUCUAAUGAACACAGUGCGGGGCUCAAUUGAAGUGAGGUGUGCUUUUGUGAAAGAAAUAAUUCAUGAGGCUAACAGAUUUAAAAAGAAAACUUUAGUUCAAAUGUUAGAACAGUUUGAACAAUCUAUGAUUAAAGUGGAAAAAGCUGGUGGUGUCAGAUGA